AUGUUCGGUGUAGACAGCGCUGUUGAGAAACUGGAUAAUGAGGACCAAAAGAAAACAACAUUUUCCAAGAAGAUGGAUCCCCCAUCAAUAGAAAAAAUAAUGAUUCUAAAAUACGACACCGAAUCAGAACUGCUGCACGUCGAAGAUGAACACAUUCGAACAUCACGUCAGGCGUGGAGAAAACAACAACAACGAUGGAGAGGUGGUGGUGGCAACGGGGCUGGAAACAAGAGAAAGUCGCAAUUUGAAGAACCAAAGAUCUGCGAUUGUACGGUUAUUGACUGUCCGAGAGGGCCUCGAGGACCACCAGGAGAUGAUGGAAACAGUCCGAUAGAUGGGAAUCCAGGUGACCCCGGAAAAGAUGGAACUGAUGGAAUCUACCAAGUCGAUGAACCCGAUUGCCCUCCAUGCCCUCAAGGUCCGCCUGGUGAAGACGGUCUUCGUGGUGAGCCAGGAGAACCGGGCCGCCCUGGAAUUCCAGGAGACCCUGGACGACCUGGAACCAAUGAACCUGGAACAGUUGGUGCUCCGGGAGCUCGUGGACAAUCUGGAAGAACUGGAUUGAAAGGAGACCCGGGAGAAGCUGGUCAAGAUUUUGUGCAGCUUUCUGGGCUUCCAGGUCAAAAAGGUCUUCCUGGACCGGUUGGUUUGCCAGGUGCUAGAGGAGACCCUGGAAAUAAUGGAAAACCAGCACCGCCGGGCCCUGAAGGUUUUCCAGGUCCCGUUGGAGAUCCUGGCGAUUCUGGAGAGUAUGGGCUACGCGGUGUACCAGGAAGACGUGGGAAUCCAGGAAAGGAUGGAGGUUACUGUCAGUGCCCGCCAAGAGAAGGUUUUGGAGUGUCCAACCGCCAAAGUAUCCGAGUUGCCAGCUCCAGACACCGGCCUUCGAAUAGUAACAAUGACGCCGUUGAUGAUUAUGAUGUAGAAAUUGAGAGGCAGGCAGCUCCAAGACGGGCACAUCAAGCACAACAGCAACAACACCAAGUCCAACAGUUUCAGAGGAAGAGAUGGCAGAAACCUUCUCCACAAAACCAACGCGACAUGUAUGUCAACGCUCGAAAAAACGCCCACUCGGAUUUGAUUGAUGUCGGAGAAACCAGCAUGAGGAGGUCUCCAAUGGCGCCAUUAAUUGCUUACAAAGAUUCCAGAGAAGAAGGUCAUACGAAUAGAGUGGUCAUGCAACGAGGCUCUAAAGCAAACACCGUGGAUUUUGAGCUUCGAUAA